AUGGCCAUCUUUCCAUUGGCGCUGGUAGUAUCUACUUUCUUUCUCGGCGCUGCCAUCGCCGCCUCCUGGGACCGCGACACGCUCCUCCUUUACGGCGGAUUCGUGGAGGACAUGUAUAACAAGAUCAACUCCUCCUCGAUCGUCAGCUCGGGCAGCGAUUAUAGGAUCACAAGGGACUUGUAUGCCGCCGAGAAGACUGGGUCCUUUUUUGGGGAGCCCUUGGUAUGGAUCGGCUGCGUUGCCAUCUCCGAUUCCAGGCAAAACGUGGUGGUGGUCUUUCGGGGGACGUCCAAUCCCGGGGAAUGGGCCAAAAACUUGCUGGUUUCGCGACUUUCUUUCACAUAUCUCAAUGGUAGUACCGCCAAUUCUCCCGGAAUCCACGAUGGGUUUCUCAGCUUGUACACCGAGUCUGACGAUGGGAAGAUCAACCUGAGGCAGCAAACCGUGGAGGAAUUGCGAUCUCUGGCCUCUUCCAAUCCAGGCUAUAGCAUCAGCUUCGUUGGUCACAGCCUUGGCGGAGCGCUCGCCACUCUCGCGGCCUUUGACGUCGCAAACAGUGAUAUCAUGGAUCGUGUCCAAGGAAAGAAGCUCUCGGUCUAUACGUUUGCGUCGCCCAUGGUUGGGGACGAGACAUUCAAGCAAUUGGUGGAAGAAGAGAUCAGCGCUCUGGAUGUUUUGAGGGUGUCGGAUAUCAGGGACGUGGUUCCUUACCUUCCAUCGCUCAAUUACGUACAUGUUGGGGAGGAUUUCACUGUGGAUGGCUGCCAGUUUGAUGGGAAUAACAAUGGAGGUGAUGUGUUUUCCAAAGUGAUAGAGUACCACAGUCUUGUGCGAUACAUGCGGACAGUUAGUUUAAUCAAAGGUGAUGGGAUCACUGGUGGUUGCAUUAACAAGAAAGAUUUGGAAGGUGUUAUGGAGUUUGUGAGGAAGAUAAUCAGUAAGGCGAAUGCUGGGUGGUCUGGAUUUAAGAAUUUGGUGCUCGCUAUGAAGCAUUAUGUCCAAAACUUUUCAGCCUCCUGCACAACUAAUUGA